AAAGACAAGCGCAUCAGCGAGAAAACUGCACUUCGACAGAGACAGAGACAGAGACAGAGACAGAGACAGAGAGAAAGAGACACAUUGGCACUGUCCCUGUGCAAAUCUCGACUGGUGCGCACUGUAGUAGAUCCGAACCGACUGGGGAGAGAAAUAACAAAAAAAAACAUUUCCCCCCGACUCCAGUAACUUUCCUUUAGCAACGAAGUGGAAUUUGACGCCGCUGAAAUUGACCUGAAAUUAAACACUGCUGUGUGGCACGUUUUGGGCGAUUUUUUUUAAUAUAUUUGACAUACAGAGUUUGUUUAUGUUUAAAAGGUUUUAAAGUAAAUUGAAAGCAGGGAAGGGAUUUUUUUUUGUGUUGACUGUUUUAUUUUGAUAAAGGAGAUGGAAGCGUUUGUGUGCCUGACCAUCUUAUUCUGCACUGUGGCUGGGGUGGAGAUGGGCUGUAGACCAGAGUGCCACUGUCCUGAUGCCCCUCCACGCUGCGCCCCAGGCAACAGCUUGGUGAUGGAUGGCUGCAACUGCUGCAAGGUGUGUGCCCGACAGUUUAACCAGGACUGCAGCACCAUGGAGCCCUGUGACCACAUCAAGGGGCUGGAGUGUAACUUUGGCUCCAGUGACACUGCCACGCGGGGUAUCUGCCGAGCCAAAUCUGAAGGAAGACCUUGUGAGUUUGGUGGGAACAUUUACCAGAAUGGAGAGAACUUCCAGCCCAACUGCAAGCACCAGUGUACCUGUAUCGAUGGCAUAGUGGGCUGCCUGCCCCUCUGUCCCCAGGAGCUCUCUCUGCCGACCAUGGAUUGUGCCAAGCCUCGGCUGGUCAAGAUACCGGGGCAGUGCUGUGAGGAAUGGGCCUGUGACACCAACCAUAUUGGUGAAGAUUCUGGCGAUAGCAAUGAGGAAGGGGACGACUCUAUGAGUUAUGAAGAGAUCGGACACCAACUGGAUGCAGAACCACUCUCGAGCAAUGAGCUCACUGACCUGGUCAGAGGUGGCCUGAAAAUUCCUCCAGCCUGGAGGAUGCAGGCCCAUGACCGUAGCGACAAAUCAAAGUGCCUUGUCCAGACCACGGCUUGGUCGCAGUGCUCCAAGACCUGCAGCAUCGGAAUCUCAACGAGAGUGACCAGCGACAACCCCCAGUGCAAACUGAUGAAAGAGACCCGGCUCUGCCAGCUCCGACCCUGCAACCUGACACUCCACACCAACCUCAAGAAAGGCAAGAAAUGUUUGAGAAUGAGUAAGGCCAAGGAGCCUGUGCGGUUCACCUACGCUGGAUGUACCAGCGUGAGGCAGUAUAAACCCCGCUGGUGCGGUUCCUGCACCGAUAACCGCUGCUGCACCCCUUCAGAAACCCGCACCAUCUCAGUGCGCUUCCACUGCGAGGACGGAGAGACCUUCACCAAGAGGAUGAUGUGGACCGACAGGUGCCGGUGCCACUACAACUGCCCGUACCAGAACGAGAUCUCCUACCCUCACUACAUGCUUCACAAUGACAUCCACAAGUUUUCUGAGUAAGCGCGGCAGGGGCGGAACUCGUGAGAAAGCAGAGAUUCUGCGUCCUCAAGACCAGCGGCCAUUUGCUGUGCCCAGUAGUUCACUUUUUCUGACUGUUUGUGUCUACACUGGCAACCACACCAGUUCCAAUUCAAUGACCUGCUUCAGCAACCACAAAGGCUAGACCGAUGUUCAUUCACAACAUUACCUCUUGUGGCACAUUUGGACUUUGGAUGUAAGUGCUGGUGAUGGCUUUCUGUCUGCCUUCUGACCUUCAUUUCCAGUGGUCCACAUACAGUACAUCUCCUGUAGCUCUCAGACUCUCCUCUGCAAAGGUCCUAUUGACCCAUUAAGCCAACACGUCAUUGCCUCAAACCAACUGACCUUUUAAACCCAAAGACUACAUCAUUUGAAAUGGGUCCAAGAAAAGUGAGCGCUUCUCAAUUGAUUCAAAAGAUAUGAUGUAUUUGAAAAUUUGCACCUCUGAAAAUUAAGUUUAAGAAUGUGGGACAAAGAAUGCAGACAAAUUGCACCUAUCCAGCAAGUGUUAAUCUUUAAUCUUUUAGUUGAACAGGUUGGUUUAUAACUAGUAUCUCUUCUAAGCCAGUUUUCAGGCUUGGUUUAGAACAGAUCAAAUUAACUGUAACAAGAAACAAUUCACAUUGACAAUUCUUCCUAAUCUAAUUUAAUCAGAGUUGAUGUGGUUUUAUAUUUUAUAUAUAUAUAUAGUUGCAAAUGAAAUUUCUAUGUUAUUUAAGGUCAUUGGACAUAGUUUCUUUCCACAAUUGAAAAUGGGAUAUGGAUUUAGAUAUUCGAAUGUAAUACAGACUAAUAAGUUCCUGUACUCAAUUGUGGCUUGCUUCCGUUUUUGCUAUGGUACUUUCUAAAAAAAACUUCUCAAACAUCUGCCAAAGUGAUUAUCUUCAAGGAGGCUGAAGAGAUCCUUCUUCAAGUGGGUCUUAGAUGGCUACCUUCAAGAGGCUUAUUAUAACUGUCUUUGAGGAGGCUCUGAAUGGACACCUUUUCAGGCAGUUUAAGGUGGCUGACUCACUGAAGCCUUACUUCAACCUGUAUUUUUUGGAUUUUACAACUUCUUCUGAAACUGUGUCCAAUGCCGAUGACAAUUUCUGAUAGAUACUAAGACAUUCUGCCAUGGCACUUCUGAAUGAGCUAAUGAAAACUGUAUCAGAUGGAAAAUUGGGGUCUGACUAGUUUCCAGUAGGCAAGUAGUGCACACGUUCCACUGUCAAUGGUUGGCAGAAUUAGGUCAAUGAAGUAAAGAGUGAGAGAGCCCCAAACUCCAACAACUUGCAUUCUAAUGCUUUAAAAGAAAUUUCUAUGAAUCUUAGUGUCUGACCAGACACGCGCACACAUUCUCAGAUAUGCAGACACACACUCCCACAUGCAUAUGUGUACACACACACUAUGACAUACACAGACACACACACCUUCCCAAAGGGUUCAGACCAACUGCCCAUUUUACUCCAUUUUUGCGCUGCAUUGAAAUCAUUGGAUAUGAACACAACCCAUUAGAUUAGCACAGAAACUAAGCUGCUGGGAUGGUUAGGAGUUAUGACCACACUGAUUCAAAGCUUUCUCCUAUACGCCUGUGUUGCAGCGCUUACUAUGAGAGGAGUGUGCGUUAAUAUGUGGGAUACCAGCAUGCUGCAUAUCUUGACCUUCACACCAAAUGGAGCUGUAUCUCCCAAAGACCACUCGAGGGACUAGUAAAAGCCCUGGUAAUCACUUGUCCAUGAAUUUUGUGGUUUUCUGUAAUUGUGAGACUUUCUCACUGUCACUCAGUCUUCCCCUAUUGCCAAUCGGUUACACGGAGGCUGUAAGAAGCUUUCAAUGGGGCAUGGAAACAGAGAAAUGAUUCCCUCUGGUGGCAGAAUCAAGAGCAAGGCAGAACAAUCUUAAAAUUACAGCUAGGCCAUUCAGGAGUGAAACCCAAAGGGCUUUGGAGUCCUGGAACUCUCUCUCUCAUAAAAGGCAUUGCAUCAAUUGGACCUUUCAAGAUUGUGGUUGACAGAUUAUUAUUAAGAAAGGUUAUCAAGGGUUAAAGGGCAAAUAUGGAGUUGUUACACCAAUUAACCAAGAUCUGGUUGAACGGCAGUAUAGGCUUGAUGGGCUGAAUGGCCCCUUCUUAUUCAUAAAAGCAUUUGUACGGGAUGGAAGAAUCAGUCUUCACAGAGUGUUAAGCAAAUGUUUUUCCAUAAUUGCCAAUUCUGACGUUUCCAGGGCGGAAAAGGCUGGACAGUAGUUUCCUGAAGGUGUUGCAAUAAGUUUGAAAAUGGACUGCGGAACAGUCUGCUGAGUGUUUUGUUCCUGGGGCCAGGCUCUGUGAGCACCCAGAGCAAGGGUGUAGUUUUUGAAUUUGGAGGGGUGGUUAAUCAUUUCCCCAGUUCUGACAAAUCUCUAAAUACAGCCCAGGGUCAGCAGCUGAGGCCAGAAUCCACCAAAGGAACUGAAGGAGCUAGUCAGAAAGCUUAGACUGUUGUGGGGGAACCAUUACAAACAAUGUCAGCCCAUUAAAUUCUAGAAAAAAGCAUCAUCUCCAUCUGUUGAGGCAGUAGAGAAUAAUUCUUGAAUGUGCACUGUGCAACAAGAGAUGUGAAUAUUUUAGAAUCAGGCAGUUGAUGCCUGUGCACUGAGGUGAACCUUCCUACAGUAACUCUAUUUAAUUUGUACUCUUUAUUUUCCCACCUUAAAACAAACUUCACGGUGGUGGAGUGAUCUGAACUGAACAAUGCUUCAUUUCUGAAGCACAAUGAGACAACUGUAGGGGGUCAUGUGUAGUAAAUAUUCGGCGUGUAUAUUUAAAGACUUUUUUUUUUCUGUACGUGUUUAAUAUAUUUCCUGGUGUCUGCCAGUAUUACUGUAAUGUGGAGACGUGGCUGUGUUUUUCUCUGACCUGUAUGAUCAGUUAGACUAAAUGAGAGUGACAACUGGCACCCGUGUGUCAGUCUAUAGCAACAUUUAGUGAGAUGUAGGGCAGAGUAAAAUUGCCCGAGUGGAAUGUAACCUUGGCGGAGUUUGUGCAGGCGGUGGGAUUUUAGAGAUCGAGAUUAUUUAACGGUGUGAGCCAUCAUCCGAUUUGGGAACAAUUUCACCUCCUGAUGGACUGUGAUUCACAGAGCACCCUCCCAUCUCUAAGGUCACCCCUCCCCCAAACUGUGGAGCUAAACAUCUCCUCCCUGUGCCUAAUGGAGGGGCUAUUAGACAAAAAAAAAACAUACAGUAAGUUCUGAUGGAAGCAGUUGUCCAAUGGUUGAUAUUGGACUUUUGAUCUUGCAGGGCCAUAGUCAGUCCUGUUCUGAGGACAGGACACACCCAGCAGUUUUUUUUUAAACAAUAUAUCACAUCAGAGGAAUACCUGUCAACCAUAACUCCAAGAGGAAUAAAGCAUCAUUCUAUUACUGGUAUCCUCAACUUAGAUCUGCUUUCCAAUGGACAUUAUGAAAUCCAAUUAGCUAUUUGAGCGUGGCAGUCAGAGGUAAGCCAAGAAUCUAGAAUAUAGAGAUCAAAUUAAUAUUAGUCUUCCUGAAGCAGGAGGUGGAGGGCGGAUGAGCUGGUGCUGAGCAGCACACAGCAAGCAGACAGAAAUCACGCCCCAUUACUCCCAAACAUACAUUGGGGGUAACUGCAAAGUACCCGCGUAGUUAUUCUGUCUGUAACUAAGCUAAUAAUUGUGAGAACCUAGCACAUAGUCUACACCUGCAUUCUAGAGGUACAGCAGGGAUGAGGAAACUCAAUUCCUCCAUCCCAACCUGUUCGUUGAUUUACUAACAAUAAACAUAGCCACAUUUGGACUCCAUGGGUUCCUGCUACAGUGUUUUACUGCUCUUUUGUUAAUAUCUGAAUUCAAUAUAAGUUUGCAGAUAAAUAGUGUUGUAUAUAAUGAUGUUUUGCACAUGUUGUAAUUAGAAUGAUGUCUUUAUAGAAACAUAAAUACUUAAUUUCUUAAUAAAUAUUUUAAACAUUUUAUAAUAAAAAUUGA